AUCGACAUUCUGGCCUCUGUUUACUCGGUCGUGCUCGCAUGCUCGGGACAGGUUUCGGAUUCGGCUGCAGCUUAGCUCACUCCUGAACUGCUUUCCCGCACGUCCGCUAUGGGGCUCCUGAGGCCUGUUCUCUCGAUGCUCAUAGCAGCGUCAAUUUCUGCACGGUCUCUGCAUCGCAAAUCUUUGUCGCCCUCGGGAGCGCUUGCGGGCUUCGUCGUUCUCACCGCCACGCUGAUGGCAGGCCCUAGGUUUGGAGCGAUCAUUCUUGCGUUUUUCUUCAGCUCUUCAACGUUGACCAAGGUAAAAGCAGAUGAGAAGAAGAAUAUCGAAGAAGAUCACAAGGAAGGUGGACAACGUGAUUGGUCGCAGGUGUUGGCCAAUAGCGCCGUGGGCACGAUAUUGUCGAUUUGUGUUGCCUAUGCGACUGGCUUCCAAGAUAGGUGUUUCGACACCAAGGAAGCUCCUUUGGUGACAGGCUUACUCGGAGGCAUACUGGGACAUUAUGCUUGUUGCAAUGGUGACACUUGGUCUUCUGAGAUUGGAGUUUUGAGCAGUAGUACUCCUCGUCUUAUAACAACCUUUCGGCAAGUACCACGAGGCACCAAUGGAGGAGUGAGUCUACUAGGACUGUUCGCAGCAGCCGCAGGUGGCGCCUUCAUAGGCUUGACGUUUUUUAUCGUAGGAUAUUUCACUGCAAGCUGCACCGGCCGGACUGGCAGUGCGCAAUGGCUCCUGUUACCUAUAGGAACUGCCGUUGGUCUGCUUGGUAGCCUGUUCGAUUCUGUUUUGGGAGCAACAGUUCAGUUUAGUGGCAAUUGUGCGGUUCGCAAGAAGGUGGUUGGGAAGCCCGGGCCAACGGUGAAGAGAAUAUCUGGUUAUGAUAUACUAACGAACACAGGUGUCAACUUUGUAUCUGCUUUACUCAUGUCCUUGGCAACUGCUGCCGCCUGCCUGUACAUCUUCUGAUAAAUUUCUGAAGAGUAUUGCUCAGUUGAAGCCUUGCUCCAGUUUAAAAAAAAUUUGCAAGUUGAGCUGUGUAGUCGGCCAGUACCAUUUCCUUUCACAUAGAAUUCGUCUUAUUUUCGCCUCUCUUGAGUCAAGGAUGGAGAUGUUUUGAAUUUUGAUCUAUGGUUGAUUAUGUUUACUUUAUCUGUGCUCUGUUGAGUAUUCAUCGUUUGUUACUCCUGUUGGGGUGUAUGAUGGAUACACCCGACAGAAAAGAUGUAGACUGUUACUCCUUACCUGUAGAGAAAAGAUGGAAACUGUGUAGUCAACGAAGAAGAAAUAGCUUUCAGUCGCCCACAAGUUAAGUGGAUGUAACUUUCAUUACUCCUUAUAUGCCCUAUAUCUGAUAACUUUGUGGAUGUAUGAGCGUGCCUCUAGUGCUACAGGAAAGCACUCGAUCGUCACACGAAAACUUUUGUUUCCUUCUCAAAUUACUGUGGCCGAAGAG